UUUCCUAAUCUGAAAUAUCAGAUUAGUAAGAUGUUACAACAUUUUUUUUCUCAUCAAAAAGUCAUCCCACGCUCUAUUCAAAAAAGAUAUUUUAAUCUUAUUCGUUCCAAAUUACUCGAUAGAUAUUUCAUUAUCAAAUCACGUGCUGACAGUAUCACACAAAGAAAUUCCCGCACAAAAACUUUCUUUAAUUUCUCUUAUAAACGUUAUCAUUUUUAUUUCGGUAUUUUUAUACCAUGUAAUUUUCCACUAUUUAUAAUUUUGGAACUGAACACACACAGUUGUGUAGUGUCCCCUCCCCUUUCAUCAUGUCUCACAAUAGACGUGCCUGUGUUUCUCAUCAAAAAAAUUUAGAUAUUUUUCAUAAUAUCAAGAAACACACCCUGGUUCAAAAUAAUAAUACCAUUAAUAACAAACGGUUUCAUGCAAACUAUACUUAUCACCGAUGGCAUUAUAAUGUCAUAAAACACAUUCACUCAAAUCGUCUAGGAAUUUCCUAUGACGUCUCAUAUUUAGCAAACGGAUACGAAUCUUUUUACAAAUACAGGGACCGUCGUAUGUACCGUAAACGAUUGGAUAAUUUCUGCUCACACCACUCCGAUAGUAGUAAAAGGAGUAAAAAACAAAAAGCCCGCUUUCAGCGGGCAUGUAGAUCUGUUUUCUACAAUCGUAGUAAUAACAAGAAGAAAUUACAGAAACGUGUGGAUAGUCUUGAAGAAAAACUUCACCGUGCCACUCAACAUCGAUUUUUAUUUCUACCUUCACAACAUAUCAACAAACCUAUACAACAUUUGAAAUAUCACAAGAAAGAAGUACUCAGAGAUGAGGAAUAUUACAAUUUUUAUAUACCUCCAGAUCCCAUUAAGACUCAAGGUGCAUUUGCUACCGUAAUCAAACUUGACCCACCCCUUCAACCCCGUCCAGGGAAUGAUUCGAUUAGAACAUCAAAUAUUAGCUCGCCUGCCAAUACCUUACAACCCGCUCUCGUUAAAGACGAGAACAUUUGGCAUGACAAGCUGGGCAUUUGGAUUCCUAACGACCUCUUCCCUUAUGUAACUGAUGAACCUGUUUACAUUUCUAAAAGACAGGCAAAACUUAAAGGUUAACAAUACACACCAGGUAGUGUGUAUUGGUUAAACGGUAUUAAAAAACGUAAAGAAGCUCAUGAACUAGCUUUACAACAAGAAAAAGACCGAGAAGC